AUGGUGAAGUCCUUGACUGCAGCAGCUACCCAAAGCACAACCGCUUCACCUGCUGGUAGUUCCUGCAGAAAGGUGGUGUCCAAAAUCUUGAUUGGAAUGGUCAUUGGAGGAGCUCUCGUGGGUCUGCAAGAGAAUUCGUCCUUGAAAAUCGAGCAUUACAGUCGACGGCAAGCGGUGGAGGUCGUGCCACCUGUGUUAGCAAAAGAAACAUCACCUGACAAGCCAAGCCAAAUAAACUCCAACUCCAAUCUCGUGUAUUACGUUCCCGCCCGAGGUCGACGCGAUCGAUCGGGCGCUGCGAUUAUGGACAUGCUCAAAGCGGCGGCCUACAGUUAUUCCAAGGGUGCGACUUUUGGAGGAGCGUGUGGGGAGACGCCACAUCGAGCGCGCAAUCAAGCCAUGAUGGAAGUUCUGGGAUUGGAAACACUACUCCAAUACAAGUGUCCACCUCCCGCUACUAGUAAUAAUAGCACGGUGCAACAUCAAAUGAUUACACGAAAUGACUUUUUUGAAGAUUCCACAAAGUAUUUCACGGACGAAUGGCUGGACUAUAUUCAUCGACACGUACAACCACAAUCGAAACGAUGGCAACAGCAACAACACAAGUCGAAUAAUGACACUACUACUGCUGCCAACAACAACAACAAGUACACGAUUGCCGUUCAUGUCCGUCGUGGUGACGUGAAUCCCUGUGGCCACUGGUCCUUUCGGUAUCUACCCAACAGUCACUAUGUGAGUCUCAUUGACUUGUACCAACGUCAAGCCGCACGACAACAACAACAACAACCCGUCGAAUGUAUCGUCUACAGCGAAUCCCAGUCAUUGUUGGAAACGUUUGAUGACUUUACCGACAAGGGCUGUCAAGUAGUUCUCGACGGAGAUCCCACCGAUGCAUGGAAGACCAUGAUGGAAGCCAAUGUCGUCAUUCUCAGUCUCUCCAGUUUCUCCUUUGUACCGGCACUCCUCAAUCCAAACGGGACCAUUGCCUACACGUCCGCUCUCAGUGAACCACUACGGCCGAACUGGAAAUGGCACACGUACAAACACACCAAUCAGGGAUGGAGAAAUUGGAUUCGUCUUUGCGACGAAAAAAGUGGCGCCAAAGCCACCGUAUAA